AUGAAAAUCUCAACCUUCAUACCUAUCUUUGCAACGAGCACAGUCCUUGCUGUUCCCACCUUCGGUCAUGCAUCCCACCUAGACGUGGAAAAGUUUGUUGCCAGAAUCAGCGAGAUGUUUCCAGGCAACAUCACCGUCUCGGACAGCACGCCGGGCCUCGUUCAGUCGUGGAAAAAUCUGUCUGCGGAGUUUCACCUCAACACUGAGGAGGACGCCGUAGCGACCGACAGGAAAUGCUCAGACAUCACAGUGGUGUUCGCUCGAGGCACCACGGAGGUAUCCAAUGUCGGCGUGCUCGUGGGACCGCCAUUCCUCGACGCGCUCCGUCAACGUGCUGGGAGAUGGGUCUCAGUUGCCAUGCAAGGCGUUGAGUACGCUGCGAACAUGACCGGCUACGCAAUGGGGGGUGAUCCGGAUGGAAGUCAGCGCAUGGCCGACUAUGUGGAAGAAGCUAUGACCGCGUGCCCGCAGACCAAGCUCGUGAUAUCUGGCUACUCUCAAGGCGCGCAGCUUACGCACAACGCCGCCAAGCUGCUUCCGGCCAAUGUGACCAGCAAGAUCAGCUCGGCGGUCACUUUUGGAGACCCUUACCUCUCGGAACCCUUCCAAGGCAUGUCUAACGCGACUGCGCUGAAGUUGUGCAAUGAAGGGGAUGGAGUUUGUCAAGCAGGAGCAACUAUCGGGUUGCAGCACCUGGUUUAUGCCAGGCGCGUAGCUGAAGCAGCGGAUUUUGUCAUGUCCAGAGCGGGAUAUUGA